AUGGUGGCACGGGAGGAUGUCGAGACACCGGACCCCGUGGAAAAAGGGUUUGCCACACUCAAUACGCUCAGGAUCGGUGUGAAGGCCAUGGUCGAGAAAGAUGGUCAACUUAGAAAAGCGGAAAUUCUUUCGUCGAGGCAGCGUAAAGGUGCCCCUUAUUUCUAUGUCCACUACGUUGACUUCAACAAACGACUCGAUGAAUGGGUAUCGGCAACGCGGAUCGACCUGACUCAGGAGGUUGAGUGGCCUGCUCCGGAGAAACCAGAAAAGAAAAAGAGCACAGGAGGUGCAGCCCAGAAAGCACCAAGCAAAAACGCAAACCAGAAACGCGCCAGAGCAGAUAGUCGUGAUGUCUCCUCGACACCAGACUUGCUCACUGGCAAGAAUGCCAAUGUCAGCAAAGCCCCGCGUCCAUCCAAGGCCGGAGGAAAGGAGAAUCGCUUGGAAGAUACGCCAAUCACUAUCUCUGUGACUGGCUCAGAGUCUGUGUCGGCAGAAGGCACGCCAAAGGGAGACCUUGAUGAUAUCGAGAUGGCUGAUGCUGAUGCUAAAGCCGAGGAGUCGCAAGAAAAGAUGCUGGGUGAUAUGACUCGCGAAGAGGAGAUUGAAAAGCUGCGAACAAGUGGAAGUAUGACACAGAACCCGACUGAAAUCCAUCGUGUGCGCAAUUUGAACCGGGUCCAAAUGGGAAAGCAUGAAAUGGAGCCCUGGUACUUUUCGCCAUACCCAGAAUCCUUCCAAGAUGCAGACCUCGUCUACAUUGACGAGUUUUGUUUGAGUUAUUUCGACAACCAGCGUGCAUUUGAACGGCAUCGAUCAAAGUGUACUCUCACCCAUCCGCCAGGAAAUGAAAUCUACCGCGAUGAUUAUAUUUCCUUUUUCGAAGUGGAUGGGAGGCGACAGCGCACAUGGUGCCGAAACCUGUGCUUACUGUGCAAGCUCUUCCUUGACCACAAGACUUUAUACUACGAUGUUGAUCCUUUUCUCUUCUACUGCAUGUGUACCCGAGAUGAAACCGGUUGCCAUCUCACCGGAUACUUCUCCAAGGAAAAGGACUCUGCAGAGGGUUAUAACCUGGCUUGUAUUUUGACACUACCGCAAUAUCAACGCCGCGGCUUUGGUCGCCUCCUGAUCCAAUUCAGUUACGAGCUGAGCAAGCGUGAAGGCAGACUUGGCUCUCCCGAGAAACCGCUUAGUGAUCUGGGUCUGUUGAGUUAUCGUCAGUAUUGGCGUGAAAACCUUGUGGAAAUUAUGCUCGAGGCUGGUCGCGAAGCAAUCAGUGAGUUCGAACUGGCAACUAUCACAGCCAUGACUGAGAAGGACGUGCACGAAACUUUACUUGUCCUCAAUAUGCUACGAUACCAUCUAACGCCAAUGUUUUCUCUCCCUCAGAAAGGAAAUUGGAUCAUCGUGAUCCCAGAGGCAGUCAUACAGCAGCACAACAAAAGAGUAGAAAAGGAGCGACUUCGAGGCGUUAAAAAGCUCGAUCCGGCACGUUUGCAAUGGAAACCUCCUGUUUUCACUGCUUCCAACAGAACCUGGAAUUGGUGA